CAUGACGAUACCUCGAUGGCAGCAGCGGUGGUCGUUGAGGCCAGAAUCCAGGUAAACUAACCAAGCAACCAACAACAACUCAGCCCCGUCCAGACCGAAGCGAAGACGAAGAAUAACCUACCUUCCCCGAGACGAGACAACGCACUCAGCCGCACAUCAUCCACUACCCACGACUAUCUACCCCGCUACCGUCCAUUCCCCUCGAGCUCCGGCGUUCGUAGUGUCGUCGCUCGCCCAGAUGGUCGCUCAGUCCGACCCGCUGCCCUCGCCCGACAUCCUGGUGGAGACGGCCACCACGCCUCCACGAGACCACGCGUCCAAUAAGAAGGAGGAGCUGCACGGCGGCCAUGUCGAGGAGCGGGAGGGAAAGGAGGACGGAGAGGAGAGAAAGGACGAGGGCGUGGACCUGACCGUGUCUUUGAUCACGUCGGUAGAGGCUGAAACACCGACAUCGGACGAGGUGGGGAAGCUCCCCAGCAACGCGGACGGCCCCGCGUCGUCAUCUCCGGACGAGGAUUGGGAUGCCAUCCGCACUCCACCUCCAGCUCUACGGGAAGACGCAAACACAGACUCGGAGUUGUCGGCUUUAGCUUCAACCCUCGCCAUCGCGCCUCCCCCUGCCAACGCUGACUUGACGCCGAGUGUUGUCGAACCGGAUGAUUUCCGCCCCCCAACACCGGUAAAGGACCCAACUCUGAAGCCCUUGGUCGCAUCUCCACCUCCUCCUUCUCCGCCGCCGAAAGAUGUGCCGCCGAAGGAUCUACCCCCCAAGGACCUACCUCGGAAAAGCUCUCUAUUGUCCGAAGUUUCUCCCAAUGGCCGCAUCUACCUCGACCAGCCGCCCGUCACGCCGCAUCCUAGCCGACCGAGCUCGCCUCUGCCCGGGCUGAGUGUGGCGUUCGGGGGUGCCACCACCGCAGGCAAGUCACAGCCGUCAUCUGACGACGAAAACGAUGGGACGCAAUCGGUGAUCCACGAUCUGUUCGAGAAGAGCCAUCGCGCAUCGAUGUCGGGAGAGCAGCUACAGCGCAUCCCAUCGGUCUCGUCAGUGAGCUCUCCAAUGAUCGCAUCGCCGCCUCUACACCCUCCGCGAAGCUCCUCGUUAUCGGCAGAAUCCGGGAACGAGCCGGAUUAUUCGCCUCCACCACCAGCUGCAGAAGGCAGUGAGCUAUCCGAGAAGUCGCCGCUUGCACAGACACAUUCAGGCCGCAGCAUAAGCAGUAUAUCCGGCAACAAAGCCACACCGCACCGACCCCCGCCGCCCGAUGAGGAUCUACCGUUCGACUUCCACCGGUUCUUAUCGCAAUUACGGCACCGCUCAGCCGACCCAGUCGCGAAAUUUCUCCGGAGCUUCUUGCAGGAGUUCGCGAAGAAGCAGUGGAUGGUGCACGAGCAGGUCAAGAUCAUCCGUGAUUUCCUGACCUUCAUAUAUGCCAAGAUGGAUCUGUGCGAGGUGUGGCGCGAGGUCGGCGACGGCGAGAUGGACAACGCAAUGGAAGGCAUGGAGAAGCUCGUCAUGAACCGCCUGUACACGCAGACGUUCUCGCCAGAGAUCCCGCUCCACGACGGGAAGGCGCGCUUCGACGAACGGUUCCCCGGCAGACGGGGUCAGCACCAGGAGGAUGUCGAGAGGGAUAGUAUCCUCGCGCAGAAGGUGCGGAUAUACUCGUGGGUGCGCGAGGAACACCUUGAUAUUGGAGAUACCGUCAGCGGCGAGGGCGGUAGACGGUUUCUGGAUCUGGCGGUCAAGGAGAUGCUCAAGAUGGGCAGCUAUAGAGCGCCGAGGGACAAGGUGAUCUGUGUUCUCAACUGCUGCAAAGUGAUCUUUGGGUUGUUGCGACACUCGAAGAGCGAGGAGAGUGCGGACAAGUUUGUGCCACUCCUGAUCUACGUCGUGCUACGCGCGAACCCGGAGCACUUGGUCAGCAAUGUGCAGUACAUAUUGCGGUUCCGAAACCCGGACAAGCUCUCGGGCGAGGCGGGCUACUACCUCAGUUCCCUGAUGGGCGCGAUCCAAUUCAUCGAGAACCUCGACCGCGCCUCCCUCACAAUCUCCGCCGAAGAAUUCGAGCGCAACGUCGAAGCCGCGGUGGCCGAGAUAGCCGAGCGCCCGCCGCCUCCGUCGCCACCGCCAAAGCCGCGCAGAUCCACAGAGCAGCGCGACACCCGGCCCUCACGGGAAAACACCGACCCCGAAGGCGCCGGCGAGGAGAAGGCGGCCGUUGCAGGCCUCCUGCGCACCCUGCAGAAGCCCCUGACCACCAUCGGCCGCAUCUUCACCGACGACGGGUCGUCCUCGUCCCACGGCGGCGGGCCCGCGGUAACCCCGCAGCCCGGGAACACCCCGCGACACUCGCCGAACCCGGAUCCGGACGACGCACUGCUCACCGCCGUCGGCGGACGGCGCCACCAGCAAAACUCCCGCAGGAGAUUGGACGGGGGCAACGCGAGACUCUCUGCCGAGGAGGCGGCGGCACGACAGGCUAGCGCUGAAACUGAAGAGGCUGCGAGAAUUGGCAGAAUGGAGUAUGAGCACGUCGUUGAAACGCUCAUGCGCAUGUUCCCGGACCUCGAUAGGGACGUCGUGUGUGACGUCGUCAAUAUGAAGAAGGGACAGGUCGGCGCGGCAGUGGAUGCGUGUUUGGCUUUGUGCACUUCUUGAAUUCUGGAAUCGAGUACUUUAGUUAUCACUAUUCGCUACAGCUGCUGCUGCUACUACUACUACUACUACUACU